GUGACUUCGCCAGAACCGGUCGUCGGCCCGCGUACGAAAUUCGAAAAAGCAAGACUCGGUCAAGUUCAAGGCAAGCAGUGGGCCUCUCCACACGGUGUUUCAGAAUCGGAUCAGAUAUAGCAGAUGGUGCACGCGUUUUUGAGCUCGAUUCUUUGAAGCGAGACCAAAGUUCUUGUCGAAUUCCAACUGACAAACAAGCAAAGGGAAACAGGGAUUAGACGGAUCGCCGGAAGAACUCCGGAAUGGAACAAGAAUGUGGGUGCGUAAGGCAUCCCCAACUGUUGCAAAUAUUGCACGGGGGCUUGGAUAAAGUGAUUUAAAAUAACAUUUCAGGAAUUUUAAGUAUUUAUUCGAAGAGGGCCCGUGUCACAACAUGCCGGAUGUGGCCCCUAUUUUACCAGCUCUUGUACCUUUGGCCACAUUAUUAUAUGUGUUCGGUUCGGAAUAUUUAGUUCCUAUUUCAACCGACAAAGUUGACUCAGAAUAUGAUUACAUAGUUGUUGGCGCAGGAUCAGCUGGGGCCGUAAUGGCCAACCGACUGUCCGAAGAUCCCAAUGUCAAGGUCCUGGUCAUCGAGGCUGGUGGCAAGGAGAAUUUGGUGACAGAUAUUCCACUGGCAGCCGCUAUGCUUCAGCAAACACCCGUUGACUGGGCCUACCAGACCGAACCACAAGAGGCGGCGUGUUUUGGUCUCAUCAACAGGAGAAGUCGGUGGCCGAGAGGACGAGUUUUGGGUGGUUCCAGCGUCAUCAAUUACAUGCUGUAUGUGAGAGGCAACAAGAAAGAUUACGAUUUGUGGGCCCUGGGAGGGGCACAUGGUUGGAGCUGGAAUGAAGUUUUUCCAUACUUUUUGAAAUCCGAAGAUAAUCGAGAUCCUGCAAUAGCUAAAAAUGGUUAUCACGCGACUGGAGGUUAUUUGACCGUAUCUACGCCAUCGUAUGCUACACCCUUAGCCUUCUCUUUCGUUGAAGCCGGAGUACACCUUGGUUAUCAAAACAUUGAUAUAAAUGGACCACAGCAAACAGGUAUUUUGAUUCCGCAAGGAACAACAAGACGGGGAGCCAGAUGCAGCACUUCAAAAGCAUUUUUACAACCAGCUAAAAAGAGAAAGAACCUGGAUAUAGUUACUUAUGCGUACGCAACCAAGAUUCAUUUUGAUCAUCAUAAGAAAGCAAAAGCAAUCGAAUUCGAUCGACUUAAAAUGACAUACAUUGUUAAAGCACGUAAAGAAAUCAUUGUUUCGGCAGGAUCCAUCAACAGUCCUCAGCUGCUUAUGCUUUCCGGAAUCGGCCCAAAACAUCACCUUCAAGAAAUGGGAAUACCUGUUAUUGCAGAUCUUCCUGUUGGAUAUAACUUACAAGAUCAUAUAUUCCCUGGUGGAAUCCAUUACUUAGUUAGUGAACCAGUUGCCAUUGUUCAGCCACGAGUUUUUACAUUCAAAGAAAUAGUUCGAUAUCUCUCAAUCGGCCGAGGACCAUUAACUGUGCUGGGAGGUGUGGAAGGCUUAGCUUUCAUCAAUACUAAAUAUGCCAAUAAAUCGGAGGAUUUCCCGGAUGUAGAAAUUCAUUUCUUGUCAGGGUCACCUGCAUCUGAUGGUGGCCAAACGUUUCAGCGAGUACAUGGCCAAAGAAGAGAGCUUUGGGAGAAGGUUUACAAGCCUUAUGCCUACAGAGAUGCUUAUACAUUUUGUCCCGUUCUUCUGAGGCCAAAGAGUCGUGGAUAUAUUAAAUUGCGGACAACUGAUCCCUAUGAUCCUCCAGUAAUCGAUCCUAGAUACCUCACUCAUCCUCAAGAUGUUCUCACCAUGGUGGAUGCAAUGAAGAUUUGCAUGGCCUUCGGAGAAUCACCAGCAUUCAAGAAAUUCGGAGGUCACCCCUAUGAGACCACAUUUCCAGGAUGCGAGAUCUAUACAAAAAAUAGCGAUGAGUACCUGGCUUGUGUUGCUCGCACUUACACAUCAACCAUCUAUCAUCCUGUAGGCACCUGCAAAAUGGGGGCUGCCAAUGAUCCAACAGCAGUGGUUGAUCCACAGUUGAGGGUCAAGGGGGUGCAUGGCUUGCGGGUCGUAGAUGGUUCAAUAAUGCCAAAUAUAGUGACUGGCAAUACAAAUGCUCCAAUAAUUAUGAUAGCAGAAAAAGCUGCUGAUAUGAUCAAAGGUGUAAGGACGGUAAUACGACGAAAAGAUAAAAAGAAAAAGAAAAAACGGUGAUAGCUAGUUUUGUGUAUUAGUGUUUCUCUGACAUUGUGAAAUAUCAUUAAGAUUAUAGUGCCGAAUGUUGAAUAUCAUAAUAAGUCUUUAAAUUACGCGGUUUAACCAACGGCUAAUAUUCUAUGUCUCGAAAGUUAUGAAGAAAUUUUUGUUAAAUUGAAAAAAUUCAAGUCUGUCAUGUUAAUAGGAUUUAAAAGAUUACUUGAAAAAAAAAUGUAAGUGAUUUUUGUGAAUCGACAAUUUAUGAUAUUUUUUAAAAAAAUGUACCGUUUCAACAUUGUAGAAGAACAAAUAUUCAAGUUUAAAUAAGAACUCUAUAACUAUCUAAAUCCAUGGGAAAGAGUUAUAUAGAAUAUUUUUCUAUUGCAUCCUGAAAUAUGUAAAAGAAUGAAGAAAGAAUGCUGAGCUUACCCACAACUGUAUUCGCAAUCGAUAGCUUAAGGACAAUAUUUUUAUUUUAUGCUCAGAAGUUAAAUCUUUCAAAUGAGUUGCAAAUUGUAUUGCCGGCUUAUUUUUUUCUAAAUAUCGAAAUUUCAAAUAAAAAAAUAUGUCAAAUAUUGCAAGAUGUGAAUAAAUCACAUUUCGAAAGAUAUGAUUUCCGAAAAUAAAUUAAAAGUAAAUUAAUACGUUAAACCAUGAUUGAUGUGACAAGAAAAUGUGUCCAAAACGUAAAAAGUGGUGGUUUACAGACAUUCAGCCCCUGGAAAAUUUGCCUUCAUUACUCGUACUGUGUGAGAAGUAAUAACAAUUAUGCUUCAAAACAGGGUAUUAUUAUUUAUUUUUUUUUAAUUUUCAAAUUUUUUAACUAUGCUUAAAAAAAAAUUUUCUCAACCUUCAGAUAAAAUCUAUAUUGAAAUUUGUUUUUUUAACUUAAAUAAAUAUCGUAUCAGUAUUUCAUUUAUUUAAGUUUUAACGCAAACAACGAAAUUUGAGAGGGAAUUUACAUAAGAUCAAACAUUAUUCAAAGAAAUUGAAUUUUUUAUUUAUUUUUUUAUCCCGUAAAAUUUCAUUUUAAAAACAACGUGCAAAUUCAUAUUAAGGUAUUAAA